GAGUAAUUGAGCAAGAAGUAAUCGUCAGAAAGACCAUGGGCGAUCCAUUCGGAGGAGGUCCUAUUGUGUUGGAUCUAGAUUUGAGCGACGACGAGGGCGGCACCGUGAUCCAAAAUCAAAAUGAAGAGGAGAAUGAGCUUUUGCAUCGUAUCAAUCGAACUGGACCGAGUGACGAUGCGGGGAGUCUGUUGAUUCUGCCUGGGCCCAGCUUUAGUAAUAAUAAUUAUACCCGACCAACUCUACCCGCCACAAAUAAUCGGAGUGCACCGCCAAGGCAGAACCAACCAACAUCACCGUCUUCUGCCGCAUUGCCUCCACGUCCCACUGCUCCCAGUCGCCCCCCACCAGAACCAGCCAAGAAGAGUGCAAUUUCCUCGACGAAACCAAGUAGUGCCUCCAAGCCCAGUAGUAGUAGCAGUCACAAGUCAAAGCCAUCUUCGGAUAAUAAUAAAGUCACUCCUGUGUGGUCUACGAAUGAUUUGAAACGCAAGGAUGAUAGUGACGACGAGGAAGAAGAGGACGAGAAAAAGGCACCUCUGCCCCAGAUUCCCACAACAACCACAACGAGAAGGACUGGAGGCCUCAAUAACUACCUGGGGGAUCGUCCCUCCCAUCCAACGUUUGGGCCAGCCUCGGUGGCCUCGGGAGUGGCUUCCUUGCCGCCCAGUCACGAGGUCAUCGAAGAAGACGACGAUGAAGACAGCGACGACGAAUGGAAACGAAAACGAUUUCAUAAACUCAACAAUAUACCCCCGGAUGAUGAAGAAGAAAAGAAAAAGAUUAAGCGAAUCAAUUCCGACGACGAUUCCAAAUUGCCAGCCAAACAGAGACCUUUGCCCAAUAAUAUCUCACGAGCACCACCAAAGCCAAAUAAUAAUAAUGGCAUGGUCGAUGAUAAGGCUGCUGCCCGGAAGAAUAUCAAUGGUGAUAACAAUAAUAAUAAUAGGAUGGAGACCAUCAUGCAUUCGGAUCCACCCACAGAUGGAGGUGACCCUAAUUAUACCACGGAUGAAACUCGAACUGAUGAAGAUUCCUUUAAUUCCGACCAGCCAGCAUUGAUCAUGCCGCCAGAGGCAAAACCUAAACCAUCUGCCACACUGCAAGAACGGCCGCCCAUGGAACAGAAACAAAUGGCACCUCCACUGAUGAUGAAAGAGACAAAGGAACCACAAGAACAACCAAUGGCAACGAGAAAUGAACCGCCCAAGGAAAAUACGGGCAUGAUGGCCGAUGCAGCAGUGGCUUCGGCGGUGGCAGCAGCUUCCAGCGACCCCGAUCCUCAAGAAACUAGUGGAGCACAACAGGAACCGCCUUCGUCUCCCAAACCCAAGGAACCAGAGCCGGCCCGUGAUGAUUACUUGAUCCAAAUGAUUCGGAGACAAUCAGCAGUCCGAGAGAGCCAAGAACCAAAACCUGUUUCCAACAUCAUCAACAACAGCAUCAACCACGGAAAUACAAAUAUUCGUGCUUCGACAAACAUGCGAGAAUCUACCAAUGAAGACUUUACUGUGCUAGUGCUCCCCGACCAAGAUGGGGGCUCGAUCAUUGCGGGAGCAACGCCACCUGUGGUGUAUCGGAAACCAUCGCAACCACAACGACCUAAACCACAGGAAACUGCUCGGAAAGAAGUCGAGCCACCUCCACCCGAAGCGGCUCGGAAAACCGCAGCGGCGGCUGGAGCUGCUCCCGUCAACUAUCGAAACAAGAUGCACGCACGUAGAAAUUCGGCAACGGCACCACCGGCGGUCGCCGCAGCGGUUGCCGCACCACCAAAGCAGCAGCAAAACACUGCCACACACAUGGAGAUUAUCAUCAUGUUUAGAAAGAGCGGAAAGAGCAACCCACUGAAAGUGGCAGUCGACGAUACAGUUCGAAAUGUAAAGGAAAGCAUUGAACAGAAAAGUGGGAUACCCGCAGAACAUUUGGAGCUGAUUUUCGAAGGUGUAGAGCUGGAAGAUCGUCGCCCUUUGGCAUACUACAACAUCCAACCGAGGUCCACUGUUCACCUCACCGCUCGACCACCUCCCGAGCCCAAGAAUGCCGUGGCAGCAGUUCAGAGCGAACAACCGCAACAAAGUACUCAACCAAGUACUCAGAUACCAGUAUCCGUGAGACUACCAAAUGGAAACGCUUUAUCUCUGUCCAUUGCUUCUCUCGACAAAGUACAACAGCUAAAAACCAUGAUCCAACAAAAGGAGGGGGUUCCGGUGGAACAGCAGCGGCUCAUUUGGAAUGGACAAGAGCUUGAAGACGAGCGCACUGUGUUGGGGUACAAUAUCCCAGCAGGCGCUGUCGUCUACCUGAGCGUCCGUCGGCAACCACCAGAAUCUCAGAGGAGGAGUCAGGAGCCGCAGAGGAGGAGAAGUCAGGAGCCGAGGCAAGAAAUUGUGAGUACCCCGCAAGUCAACGAUCAACAGCAUGUUACUGUUACAGUUACCAAGCCCACACCCGACUCAAAGGUGGGCAUUGCCAUCAAGCGACACGACGAUCUUGGCUUUUUGAUUGAUUCCAUUUCAUCCACCAGUUUGUUUGCCCGUACUGGCUUGGAAUCUGGAAUGAGAAUUCUUAGCAUCAAUGGAAGGCCGAUCAAUCUCAACAUGCCAUCCAAAGAAGUCCUUUCACUCCUCAAAACCGCGCCAUCUCGAGUGACCCUUGUAGCUGAGAGGUUCAACACGCAAACAAAUCCGGCCCAACCAACUCUGGACCCAGAGCAGCACCAUGUCGCUCCGCCACGAGCUGGGCCAGAGCCAAUGGAGCAACGAGUCAGGCCAAUGGAAGACAAUGUCGGGGUGAAACCAAGGACUGCCCCUGCACCAGCACCAGAGCCACCAAAGCCAAGGACACCAUUGGACGACGUCGUUGACUGGUUUCGAACUAACGAGCUACCAACAAAUUCCGUUGUCUAUCUGGACAAGUCAGCAGAGUAUGCCUUUUCUAAACUGACAGGUGUGGCGAUGAUACAAAAGUCGGAAUUGACGAGAGAUGAAAAGCUAACAUUCCUGGGGCAAUGCAUGGAUUCGUUACGACGUCAGAACCCCAACACAAGAAAUAUGGACGAGAAGAGUGCACGGCACAUAUUGGAGUUCCACAAGAAAGUGCUGAGGUUAGUUGACAACCCAAAUGUAGCACUCCCAAAACCUCCAGUGCAUCCGAAAACCCCUGCUCCUCCUUCCGACCCUACGCCCGCAGAUCCACCCAAGGCUGGCUGCUGCAUCAUCUUGUAGAUUAGACUAUUGUUCGUAAGAGACUUUUAUUUUC